UUCCAAGCCGACAAUAACACAGUCUUCUCCUCGUCCCUUUCUCGCAUCAGACGUUACCACUCGGCUAUUCGAGCGAGUUGUAAUAUAGUCAGUCGCGCACCGACAGCGUCGCAUAUCAGACACACGGGCGAGCGCACGCUUCUCAUAACACAAUCUUCUCGGGUUUCUUUGUCACUUUUUAUUUUGUUUUUUUCAACUAAGCUAUAAUUAAGUAUAUACACAUAGGCAUAUUUCUGGACUUGGGGAGUUGGGAUCUACUCUGGAAAAGUAUUCGGCUCGUCGUAUUUUAUACUUUGGACUAUCGUUCAAUAACAAAGAUCAGCGAUGGUGAAGGCUUACAACGGUGCCAUGGUAAUAGCAGACGUGCUGGUGCUCCUGCUAAAGAUCUUCUACUACAUCGUCGAGGGCGUGUAUCGAUUCUUCGUUCCAGUGGACGAGAAGAGCGUAGCCGGUGAAAUCGUGCUGGUUACUGGUACGGGCCACGGUAUUGGAAAGGAGCUGGCCUUAAGGUACGCGUCCCUGGGUGCCACAGUCGUUUGCUGGGACAUCAAUGAGGUCAGCAACGACGAGACGGUCAACGAGAUCAAGAAACGCGGUGGCGCCGCCGCGCACGGCUACAAAUGCGACGUGACGAAUCGAGAGGAGGUGAUGCGUAUGGCCGAACGGGUGAAACGGGAGGUGGGCACCGUGACGAUCUUGAUAAACAACGCCGGUAUAAUGCCCUGCAAGCCCUUUCUCGACCACACGACCGAGGAGAUCCAAAAGGUCUUUGAAAUUAACAUCAUGUCGCAUUUGUGGAUGUUAAAAGCCUUCUUGCCGGACAUGCUAGCCAAAAAUCACGGCCACGUGGUCGCACUGUCCUCUAUGGCCGGCAUCAUCGGGCUGACCAACUUGGUGCCAUACUGCGCCACCAAAUUCGCCGUCAGAGGUCUGAUGGAGGCUCUGAGCGAGGAGUUGAGAGUUUCGACUUCGGUCGGGGGUACCAAUUCAAACAUCAAGUUCACGACCGUUUAUCCGUACAUGGUGGACACCGGGCUCUGCAAGAACCCGAAAAUUAAAUUCCCAGGCCUCAUGUCGUUGGUUUCGACGCAAGAGGCAGUCUCACUAAUAGUCAAGGCUCAACGCAGGAACGUCGACGAGCUGUCGAUUCCUAGUCACUGGCUCAGCGUCAAUUAUUUCUUAAGAUGCCUGCCCGUCAAAGCACCACGAGCGAUCAAAGAUUUUUUGGACAGCGGGGUCGCUGCUGACUGCUAACUGUUGUUUUAUUUCUUACAUCACUCGGCAGCGCACUUGAGAGCCUAUUCAAGACUGAUACGUAACGUUUUCUCACAGCCUUAGGAUCAUUUUUAUUUUAUUCUCAAAAAUAACUUUUUUAACUUUGAGUGUGUUGUCUACACACGACUAAUAUUAUUAAUAUUAUUAUUAUUGAAGUGUAAAAUUUAUUUUUUUAAGGGCUAUUGACUCGUUUGGUAUGUUUUUUGUUUUUAUUAAGUUCGGAGAUAAUGGGUUAAAGUCUUAUCUUAGACUAGACAUUUUUGUAUUGAUUAGGGGUUCUUGUUAGUGAUGAGGCGUUUAAAUGUUUUGUGAAUCAUAUCACGACAAAACGUCCCAUGAGGGAUUAAAAAGAUGAAAUGUGUGUCUUGUUUAACAGAUUAUAAUAAUUCGAGCGCACUUUUCAGUCAAUAUGUAUACUUUAUGUGAUUUACUUUCAAUAGUUGUAGAUAAUUGUGUAAGAUUUAAUUUUGUACAUGUAUAUACGAGAUUUUUACAAAUAAUAUGCGAAAUUUUUUUUUCCCAAAAGUUCUCAUUGAAUGAGAUGACAGUACAAAUGUGUGCAUAUCAUCGUAUUUUUUGAAUUUUUAGUACGAUUUGAUUUUUUUUUCUUUCGAUAUUUUGAACUAUUGGUGCACAUGCAAGUAACGAGCGGAAGAUCGACAAUCACGUAAUAAUCUGACUAAAAAUAAUUGCUUUUUCGUCAUAUUUAAAGACUUUUCUGUACAAAAAUACACAUUCACAAAAAAAAGGACAACGAAUAAUAAAUAACUAAUAAAUAACAGCUCAUGACAAA